AUGGGCAGUCUUACCUACGGCUACUGUACUAGCAUCAUUACUACUACGCUUGGACAAUCUAGCUUCUUGUCCUAUAUCGGUCUUGACACUGCACCGAAUGCUACACAGCUCAUCGGUGCGAUCAAUGGAUUAUACCAAGCUGGCAGUCUCCCUGGGGCCAUCUUUGUUGGCGUGUUGGGUGACUGGCUAGGCCGAGCUCUUGUGACGUUGACAACCUUGUGGCAGAGUGAGAUGGCACCUCCAGAAACCCGCGGACUAUGUCAAAUAUUUAGCGGCGAACUAGUGGCGAUGGCUCCCCGGCACUCUCCGGUUCGGGAUACGCACAUCAUGCGCACAUACGAGACUCCUAGUCUCCGAGUGCAUUGUAUUCAGUUGGAGAACGUCGAAGCAAAAGCAGCUCUUGCCGGCUUUCCUCAAAAACAGCAACAACCUCCUAGGCAGCGUGUCUCUCUAGCUUGCACGACAUGUCGAGCAAAAAGAACCAGAGUAAGCGUUCUCCAAGUCGAUCCCCCAUUUGUCUACCUGGGCACUGAACUCUGUCAAAGUGCGAUGGUCAGCUUCCAGAAUGCGGUACCUGUCUCCGAACAGGAAGACAAUGCGAGUAUGUGCAUGAUGCGGAACGCAGAAAAAGCCCUCCAUUCACGCAUUGAAACCCUAGAACGCCAGCUGCAGCAAUAUCAUCAAGCAACUGUCGAUGGGAAAAUGAAAAUUAUCAAUCCUUCGACGCUGGCUUCUCCAAUUUCAUCACUCAACCGACCAAAGUACGAUGCUGAAUUAAUUCCCGAUGACGAUGAACCUGGCGUCAGUCCAGAGAACCAAAGGGACCCAGUUGACGACUUGACUGACAUCUAUGGCCGCCUCGACGUUGCAGAAGAUGGCCAUUUGCGUUACUUUGGUGCCUCAAGCUACUUCAACAUGUUGAAACGCCCCCAAUACGACGGUAGCACGGCAAAGCCCCAUGUUCCUUCUCUCAGUUCUACAGCGUUCCAAGCACAUAUGCCUACGAGAAUCGACCUUCCACACGAGGUGCAGAAUCAUCUGCUGGACCUCUACUGGAAAUGGCAGAAUCCAUGGCAAUAUAUCGUCCACAAAGACGCUUUUUGCCGAGCCUUGGAACAAGGCCAUCAUGACGAGUACUGUACUCCGCUGCUACUUCACUCGGUUCUUGCUUUGGCGGCUCGAUACUCAGACGACAUUUCUCUUCGGACAGAUCCUUUGGAUGCAAACACGGCGGGAGAUGCGCUACAACGGACGGCAAAAUUCAUAUUACAGUCGGAAGUCGAGCACCCGACAGUAUCGACGGUUGUAUCUUUGGCCAUUUUGGCCCUACGCGAGAUGUCCACUAAUAAAGAAGCAAUCGGCUGGACGUAUAUAGGAAUCGCAGUUCGCAUCGCAUACAAUCUCGGACUCAAUCUCGAUUGCACACCAUGGCUUAAUAAGAAUCUAAUUAGCGAGGAGGAAGCAGAGAUACGCAAAAUAGCCUGGUGGGGUUGUUAUCUGCUUGACAAACUUUUCAACAUAGGUCUUGGAAGACCGGGCAUGAUUAAAGAAUGGGAUAUUACUGCCCUGAGGCCGUCGCUCCUUCGAAGUGUAGAGUUCUCUCCUUGGGAAAUCCAUGAAGAGGGGCUGAACAUCUCCAUACCAAUGUCGAGGAGUAUAAGCAAUAUGCACUACAUGUGCGAAAUCUUUCGGAUUGUUUCCAACGCUCUAGAUCAAAUUUUCUUGAAACUACCAAGCUCAGCCAAAACGCCUCGUCCAGCUCAUAGCUAUUCACUUCAUCUUCAAUACCAUACAGUUACAAUUCUGCUACAUCGUCCAUUCUUACGCAGACGUGAACAAUCUACCCUUUCUGACCUAGUGUCAUUGACCGAUCUAACGCAUAACCAAAUCUGUACAGCUUCUGCGGAAGCUAUCUCCUCGGUAUUGAGGGCCUACAGAACCCACUACACGCUUAGACGAAUUCCCAUCUCCACAGUCCACGCUGUCGGUACCGGGUCCGUGGUGCACCUCUUAGAUGCCACUUCUCAAGACCCCAUUAUGAGCCGGACUGCAAUCAGACUGUUGAAGUUCAACCUGACUUGUCUCAAGGAAAUGAGCACAGCAUGGACAUGGGGUCUUCGAGCAAUCAGAUCACUACAGAUUCUGGCGGAAGGAUGGGCGGUGAAUGAGCUUCUUCACGCACAGGGUGACAGGCCAUCUGCAACGCAGAAUACUUUAGACUCGAACCUGGCUAGAGGAAGUAAUCAGUCGAACAGUGCGGCGAGCCCUUUGGACAGUCACCUUCAGAAUAUCGACUGGUUACUAGAUUUUGACAGCGGGCUUGACCACGAGCCUACGGACAUAUAUGACUCCAAUAAUGGGUUUUGGGCUAUGAUCCCUUAG